CCGCAGCUGUUCAGGGCAGGCGACAUAGUCAAGGUACAAGUCACGUUGGCUGUCAUAAGAGGGAAAAAGAGGAAGCACCAUAUCAAGCCAAUCCUGAGGGCGGUGGCUCUUAUAGACAGCGACUUCACACAGGUAAGUGACAAGUUAUUUAACAGUCAGCCGUCGUAA